GUUCGCUCCCUCUCGCCGCCUGUGGGGAAGUCGGGGCAGCCUGAGCGGCCGCCGUAACCGCCACCUCGCCCCGACCUCCUCCCUUGUGCCCUCCCGCCCCCGGCUAGAGAGUAGCCCGCGUAGGGUUCGGAGAGUCACCGCGGCGGCGCCGGGUGGUGUUUAAACCAUGUUAAGGAGGAUUUUGCAGAGGACUCCUGGGAGAGUUGGCUCUCAAGGUUCUGAUUUAGAUUCAUCAGCAACUCCUAUAAACACAGGGGAUGUCAAUAAUGAGAGCUCUUCAGAGGGUUUCAUCUGCCCAUUAUGUAUGAAAAGAUGUAUAACUGCUGUUGAUUUGUCGGACCAUUACCAGAAAGUACACGCUGAAAAUGAAACAAGAGGACAGGAACUACUUAAUGACGCCAGUGUUACUGGCUUCAUAUGUCCCCAGUGUAUGAAAUCUCUUGGAUCCGCUGAUGAGCUUUUCAAACACUAUCAGGCAGUUCAUGAUGCUGAUAAUGAUGCAAGUCAUGGAGGAGAGGCUAGUCUCGCAUUGAAGCGAGAUGAUAUAACACUACUCAGACAAGAGGUACAAGACCUACAGGCUUCUCUUAAGGAAGAAAAAUGGUAUGCGGAAGAAUUAAAGAAAGAAUUAGAAAAAUAUCAAGGGCUACAGCAGCAAGAGUCUAAACCUGAUGGAUUGGUGGUGGCUGGUUCAUCAGCAGAACUGCAGUUAUUGGAACAACAAUUAGAAGAAGCCCAAACAGAAAAUUUUAAUAUUAAGCAAAUGAAAGAUUUAUUUGAACAGAAAGCAGCGCAACUUGCUACUGAAAUUGCAGAUUUAAAGUCAAAAUAUGAUGAAGAAAAAAGUCUUCGAGAAGCUGCUGAACAAAAAGUGAUGCAUUUGACAGAAGAAUUAAACAAACAGGCAACUGUAAUUCAAGAUCUGAAAACUGAACUGCUUCAGAGGCCUGGUAUAGAAGAUGUUUCUGUGCUAAAGAAAGAAUUGGUCCAAGUUCAAACAUUAAUGGAUAAUAUGACCUUGGAACGUGAGAGAGAAUCUGAAAAACUCAAAGAUGAAUGCAAAAAAUUACAAACAGAAUAUGCUAACUCAGAGGCCACAAUAAGCCAGCUAAGAGUGAACUUGCUAAAAGGGCCUCAGGAAGUUGCUAUAUAUGGCAGGAGAACUACAAAAACUUAA